AUGGGGAAAAGCGAAUCCGAAACCGCUGUCGACGACGAAAAGGGCCUCUCCUGGGCAGAAGGUGGUGCAUGGCAGUGCAGCCAGCUCUUCAAGGGGGCCUCAUGCAGGAUGCGCGAUGACUGGAAGCUCCAUACGCGACCUAAAGAACUCACCUUGACUGAAAGGAAGCGCAGAGCGCUCAUUGAGGAGCGGGACUCUGCCCAACAGGCGAAGUCAAAGCAUGAUGCAAAGCGUGCAAAGCGCGCAGCUGAGCGCGCACAAGGCGUCUCUGCAGCCGAGCGCCAUGUCCCUGGAGAGACUGUGCAGCCAGAGAUCUGCCAGGAGUUGGUCGAGGGAGGUGCCAAGAAGAAGGGCAGGAAAGGAACUGCUCCACUGUCACUUGGCCCUGAGAGAACACCAGAGGCAGAUGGAGUUGGGAGCGCUGAAGUGGAUGUAUCAUAUGAUCCAAAGCUUAGUCACUGGGAGGAGUGCAUGCGGUGCAGCACCUGGAUUGAGCUUGGAACAGAGGCCAGCAAGGCUUGCUCAUGCUGCGGGGAAGAGGUGCACAGGAAGCAGUACAAUGAGCUGGAGUCAUGGGUGCAAUGCGACACCUGCGGCAAAUGGCGCUCUAUCGCUCGCUGCCUGCUCAAAGAGGUGGAGGGAUCGCCGUCAUGGACUUGCUCCCAGCUACGCUCGGGCGCCUCCUGCAAAUCAAGCGCCGGCGAUUGGGCCAGCGCCGUCCGACGCGAUGCAGCCGCGCAGCGCCUUACUGAGAGGGCGCAGAGCGCGGCGCUGGAGCUCAGCGCGCGUUUCGCGCAGGCGCCAGAUAAGUCCGCACCAGAUCAGGCGCAGCACUGGUCCAGUCAUCCCCUCCCGGUUUCCUCGCAGCUUCUGGACUACGUGCCCGGCCGGGACGCGAUGAUUUCUGCGCCUGAGAUGGCUGCCGGUCUGGACGCAUUUGAUGCGAGCAGCGGGGAGCAUGUGCUGUGGGCCGCUGCACUGCCCACUGCUGCUCUCGAUCUGGCGAGCCCCUUUGUCCUGCGGGCUCUGCAGCUGUACCAGCAGGGGCGGCUGCCGGAGUGCACAGACGGGCGCCUGAGCGCUGGCCCAGUCGAUAUCGCGGCGUUCCUGGCACAGCCGCAUGUCAAGGAGGCCGUCAAGCAAGCAGUGCACAGGAGGAAGACACGGCUGGGGGUUGGGGAGCGCACAGAGGCGGCAUCUGAGGAGUCUGCACCCAAGAAUGCUGAGGCGUCCAAGUGCCACGCUCUGAUGCUGUCUCACGUCGUGCAUGUCUCACCCGACUCACGCAAGAUAUACAUCGGCGAGGAGUGCGACGUGACGCGCAACGGCGGCUCGAUAAUGGGCUUCUGCAAGUCGUGGCGUUCCCUCCCCAUCCGCUCCUGGAGCGGCGGCGUCAAAAUGGCCGACAUGCCUGGAGCGCAGCCGCCGCGGCCCGUGCAGUCCACGCUCUCCGCCCUGCUCGCGCCCGAGGAGCCGGGUCUGGUCUCGGCUGCGGAGGCGCUGUGGGAUGUCUUCGCGGCGCACCCGGCGACGGCCGGCGCGGCCGCGCGCAUGCUUGAGCGCACGGCGCAGUGCCCGCUACAGGCCGCCACCGCGCUCGGCCGCACCGCCUGGAACGCCUAUUCCUUCAACCUGGACUACCGCACCGGCAAGCACCUGGACGGGAAGAACACAGCGGGCUCGUACAGUGCACUUGUGGUGUGCGAGACUGGCGCGGCGCCCUUUGCCGGCUGCUUCUACCUGCUUCCGCAAUACCACAAAGCGCUGGACAUGCGACAGGGACUCGUGUUGUUUCAUCGCAGCGGCGACAAGGGAGUGGGCACACAUGGCAACAGCGGCCUCUGGCUGCCGCAGAAAGACUCCCACCGAAUUGCUCUGGUCUUUUAUCAGACCCAGCUUCGCACCUCAACACUCAACGCCACCGCCACUACAGCCGCCGCCGCGGCGACAAGCACCUCUGAGGACCCAAAGAAAAUCAGCCUGGAGGCUAAUGAAACCUCAGUGGAUCUCAAACCGCUGCAAGAUGGAAUUUGA